AUGGGCGCCGUCACCAAGUUUGGGUUUGAGUACCAGACGGCCACAGUCAAUGGCGUCAAGUACAACUAUAUUCACGCCGAGCCGGCUGGAAAGGCAGUGGGCACAAUCUUCCUCAUCCACGGAUGGCCCGAUAUGUCACUGGGAUGGCGUAACCAGAUUCCCUACCUCCUGUCCAAGGGCCUCAGGGUCAUCGCCCCGGACAUGAUGGGUUACGGAGGGACUGACGCGCCCGACGACGUCAACUUCUACACAUUCAAGCGCGCCUCAGACGACAUUGCCGCCCUCGCCAGCCACCUCGGCCUGUCGCGCAUCAUCCUCGGCGGACACGACUGGGGCGCAGCGGUCGUCUACCGCGCAGCCCUCUGGCACCCAGAGCUGGUGUCGGCCUUCUUCGUCAUCAGCACGCCCUACGCGCCCCCGCGGUUAGCCUACGUCGACCAGGCAAUCGCGCUCCCCACGCUGCACUACCAGUUGCAGUUCCGCACCGACGCCGUCCAGGACUACAUCGGCCUCGGCAGCGUCCAGAACGCCACCCGUGUGCGGCAGAUCCUCAACACCAUCUACGGCGUCAGGCUGCCCAGCGGCGCGUCGGCCUUCAACUCCAGUGGCAGGGGGUUUGAUCUUGACCUGCUCGACGGCGUCACAGAGAACACGCCGCUGCUGAGCAAGGAGGAGCUCGACUUUUACGUGGACAACUACGCCGGCAGCGACCCUUUCAACAGAACGCUAGACUGGUAUCGCACCGGAGAGCUCAACUGGAAGGACGAGCUGGCACUCUUGCCUUGCAACGCCACGGCAUACACGGCUAAGUACGCACAGCCUGCGCUGUACAUCGGCGGCUCGCUGGACUCGGCAUUGCCUCCGAUCUUGUCGACGGGGAUGGAGACGUACUUUGACAGCUUGUCCAGGGGUGUAGUGAAUGGAAGCCACUGGGCCAUGUGGGAGAAGCCCGAGGACGUGAAUGGUUACAUCGGUAACUGGUUGAGCGGGUCGGUGUUGGGAAACCUGACUCUCGGCGUGAACGUCACGGUUGGGAGCGCUCUGGCUUUGCUGUGA